AUGCUCAGCACCGCCAGGGUUCCUGCGGACCGGCCCGUGCGCAUCGCCUUCAGCCUCGGCCAGGCCUCAGAUGGCGCCCCUCCGGAGGACCCCGCGCUGCUCUUCCCGGAACUAGACCAGCAGCUGCAGCCCCUGCCACCCAGCCAUGACUCCCUGGAGUCCAUGCAGGUCUUCCGGCAGCACUGCCAGAUCGCCGAGGAGUACCGCGAGGUCCGGCAGGAGAUCGCGCAGCUGGAGGAGAGGAAGAAGGAGCUCCUUGCGAAGCUGGCGCAGGCGGAGGAGGAGAAGGUGGACGCCGCCCAGCUGGCCCGAGAGUUCGAGGCGCUGACGGAGGAGAACCGCUCCCUGAAGCUGGCGCAGUCCCAGUGCGCGGAGCAGCUGGAGAAGCUCCGCGUCCAGUACCAGAAGCGGCAGGGCUCGUCCUAG